AUGCUUCUCUGCGGUAUCAUCGAGGAGUCAACAAGAUUGUUUGGGGAUAACACGAAUAUAUUGUUCUUUUUUUGCCAAGCUACCGACGUCCGAAUCAAUAACGCCACAGCUGUUCUCCAUGGCUUAAUAUAUUUACUUGUCGAGAAGCAGCCAUCUCUUCUCUCCUAUAAUGCCCUCUUAGGGAUCUUCACAAAUAUUCUAAACGACCCAACCUUACAGAGCACCUAUUUGAUUAUCGACGCGCUAGACGAAUACACAACAGGCCUACUCUCCCUUCUCGACUUGAUUACUCAGUUAUCAGCUGCUUACCCACAGAUAAAGUGGAUUGUCUCAAGCCGCAACUGGCCUAAUAUCGAAGAGCGUCUUAAUACUACCCAGACCGCUCUGAUCUCAUUAGAGCUAAAUAAAGCGUCUGUAUCUGAAGCUAUGAGCAAAUUCAUUCAACACAAGGUUCACUCUCUGGCGAAAGUUAAAAAUUACAGCAUUGAGACUCGUGAUAUGAUCUACCCCUUGGUCUGUCAAGAGCUCAAUAGAAUAUCGCGGAGGCACGCUCUUAAGAAGCUACAAGCAUUACCCCCUGGAUUAAAUACCUUGUACGAUCGGAUGAUCGAUCAGGUUCACAACUCGGAAGAUGCUAAGCUAUGCAAGCGAAUACUAGCUAUUAUGGCUAUUGUGUAUCGGCCUAUCACAUUUGACGAGCUAGCUUCUCUUGUUGAGCUACCUAAUGAUGUCUUUGAUGACUCUAAAGCCCUAGCAGAGAUUAUUACGGUUUGUGGCUCAUUCUUGACUAUCCACGAAGACACUAUCAUUUUCGUCCAUCAGUCUGCAAAGGAAUUUCUUCUUAGAGAUAUGCAAAAUGGGGUUUUCCCUAGAGGUAUAGAAGCUGAACACCAUACAAUCUUCUCUCGCUCUCUACAAGCCAUGCUCAAGACACUUCGACACGACAUCUUUCAAAUCAAGUUUCCUGGAUUCUCGAUUGAGAAAGUUAUACCACCUCAUCCGAACCCAUUAGCAGCUGUGAAAUAUGCGUGUGUCUAUUGGGUUGACCAUCUUGGUUAUAGUGGAUGCCAUAAAGAAAUACUUUUUCAUGUUAAUGAAGGGGGGCUUGUUAGCGAUUUUCUACAAAAGAAAUACCUUCACUGGCUUAAAGCCCUGAGUAUCUUAGGAAGCAUGUCUGAAGGCAUAACAGCUAUGCUAAAGCUAGAGGGCUUACUUCGGGGAAAGAACGAACCAACUCCCCUUAUACAUCAAGUUCAAGACGCCUCCCGAUUUAUUCGAUAUCACAGGCUAGCAAUCGAAACCAGCCCCCUUCAAGUAUACUGCUCGUCCCUUAUCUUAAGUCCAAUGCAUAGUAUUAUGAGGACAUGUUAUGAAAAGGAGAAACCAGAUUGGGUUUUGAAUGAGCCAGUGAUGGAGAAAGAUUGGAGCCCAUGCCUUCAAAUCUUCGAGGGGCAUAGUGGCGCAGUCACCUCGAUUACCUGGCUACCAGAUGGAACCCGCCUUAUAUCAGCUUCUGGCGAUAAGACACUCAGGAUCUGGGAUGUGGCUACCGGCCAUUGCGAAACAACCCUCGAGGGGCAUAGCGACUGGAUCAACUCAAUUGUCUGGUCGCAAGAUGGAGGCCGACUCGCAUCAGGGUCAAGUGAUAGCACAGUUAGGAUCUGGGAUCCUACCACCGGGCAGUGUAUAUUGAUUCUCAAGGGGCAUAGCCAGUCAGUCGAGUCGCUUGCCUGGUCGCAAAGCCGGCUUGCAUCAGCGUCAGAUGAUAAUACAAUCAGGAUAUGGGACCCAGCUACUGGCCAAUGUGAAUCAAUCCUUAAGGGGCACAGCGACUCGCUUAACGUGAUUGUCUGGUCGCAAGAUGGAGGCCGACUUGCAUCAGGGUCAGAUGAUUGCACAGUUAGGAUCUGGGAUCCGGCCACUGGCCAGUGCAUAUUAACCCUUAAGGGGCAUAGCAAGUCAGUCAAUUCGCUUGCCUGGUCGCAAAGCCGACUUGCAUCAGCGUCAACAGAUAAGACCAUCAGGAUCUGGGAUUCAGCUACUGGCCAUUGUGAAACAACCCUCAAGGGGCAUAGCAACUGGGUCAGGUCGAUUGCCUGGUCGCAAGAUGGAGGCCGGCUUAUAUCAGGGUCAGAUGAUUGCACAGUUAGGAUCUGGGAUCCUGCCACCGGGCAGUGCAAAUCAAUCCUAGAGGGGCAUAGCAACCUUGUUAUCUCAAUUGCUUGGUCACAAGAUGGAAGCCGACUUGCAUCAGGGUCAGAAGAUAGGACAGUUAGGAUCUGGGAUUCAGACACAGGCCAGUGCAUAGUCACCCUUAAGGGGCAUAGUGGCGGGGUCACCUCAAUCAUCUGGUCGCAAGAUGGAAGCCAACUUAUAUCAGCGUCAUAUGAUUAUUCAAUCAGGAUAUGGGAUCCGGCUAUUGCCCAGUAUGAAUUAAAUGGGCAUAGCAGCCCGGUUACCUCAAUUACCUGGUCGCAAGACGGAAGCCAACUCGCAUCAGCGUCAUAUGAUAAGACCAUCAGGAUCUGGGACCCAGCUACUGGCCAAUGUGAAACAACCCUCAAGGGGCAUAGCGACUGGGUUAGGUCGACUGCCUGGUCGCAAGAUGGAGGCCGACUCGCAUCAGCGUCAACAGAUAAGACCAUCAGGAUCUGGGAUCCUACCACCGGGCAGUGUAUAUUGAUCCUCAAGGGGCAUAGCCAGUCAGUCGAGUCGCUUGCCUGGUCGCAAAGCCGGCUUGCAUCAGCGUCAGAUGAUAAUACAAUCAGGAUAUGGGACCCAGCUACUGGCCAAUGUGAAUCAAUCCUUAAGGGGCAUAGCGACUCGCUUAACGUGAUAAUCUGGUCGCAAGAUGGAGGCCGACUUGCAUCAGGGUCAGAUGAUGACACUGUCAGGAUCUGGGAUCCGGCCACUGGCCAGUGCAUAUUAACCCUUAAGGGGCAUAGCAAGUCAGUCAAUUCGCUUGCCUGGUCGCAAAGCCGACUUGCAUCAGCGUCAAUAGAUAAAACAGUCAAGAUCUGGGAUCCUACCACCGGCCAGUGCUUAACAACACUUCACGCCGAUUCUCCUUACUUCCUUCAAUUUGAUGAAGUCAAUCUCAAUCAUCUGCAUACGACACCUGGCACAUUCAAUAUAGGUUCCGCUGUCUCUAUCACGUCUUCGCCCCAUUCUUCAGCCUCUCUGCCACAGCACUAUAGGUAUGGCUUGAGUUAUGACCUUUCCUGGAUAACCUAUAAUGGAGUCAACCUUCUAUGGUUGCCUGCCGAGCAUCGACCCCCUUUUUCUUUCCGUAUUGCUAUAUUCUCAACAACCGUGGCAAUCGGCUGCACAUCUGGUCGUGUAUUAUUUCUCUCUUUCUCAAAGCGCUGUCCACUCUCUGAAUUUUGA